GUGAUCCUGACGCAAACUCGGUUCAGCAAACGCACACGUGCCCACUCAGCUGCACAACUCCCGCAAGCUGCAUCCUGCAGGAUGAGGAACAUGGCAAUCAAGCGCGUUUUAAUAAGCGAAAGUGUGGAUCCAUGCUGCAAGAAGAUUCUCCAAGACAAUGGAAUUGAAGUCACCGAAAAGUCCAAUAUGAACAAAGAUGAGCUGAAAGCCCAGAUUAAGGAUUUUGAUGCUCUGGUUGUUCGCUCAGCGACCAAAGUCAGCGCUGACGUCAUCGAAAACGCCGGCAGCCUGAAGCUGAUUGGACGAGCUGGAACGGGCGUGGACAACGUGGACGUGGAGGCGGCCACCAAGAAAGGCAUAAUUGUCAUGAACACUCCAAGUGGCAACACAAUCAGUGCUGCUGAACUGACCUGUGCCCUUGUAAUGAGUUUAUCAAGAAAUAUUCCACAAGCUGUUAUGUCCAUGAAGGCAGGAAACUGGGAUCGUAAAAAGUUCAUGGGUGCAGAGUUGUAUGGCAAAACUCUUGGAAUAAUUGGUCUUGGAAGAAUUGGGAAAGAGGUGGCCACUCGAAUGCAGUCCUUUGCGAUGAGGACCAUUGGUUAUGACCCCAUUACUCCUCCAGAGGUGUCUAAGAGCUGGGGGGUGGAGCAGAUGUCUCUGGAGGAGCUCUGGCCCCAGUGUGAUUACAUCACUGUGCAUACUCCCCUCAUGCCCUCCACUACAGGAUUACUGAAUGAUGCCUCAUUUGCUAAAUGUAAGAGAGGUGUAAAGGUGGUAAACUGUGCCCGGGGAGGCAUCAUUGAUGAGGCGGCUUUGCUGAGAGCUCUGGAGUCUGGUCAGUGUGGAGGAGCAGGUCUGGAUGUGUUUGUAGAGGAACCUCCUAAGGACCAGGCAUUGAUCAAUCACCCCAAUGUGAUCAGCUGCCCGCAUUUGGGUGCCAGCACCAAGGAGGCCCAGGCUCGCUGUGGCCAAGACAUAGCACUGCAGAUUGUGGACAUGGUCAAAGGCAAAGCUUUAGUAGGAGCGGUGAACGCACAAGUCCUGGCUAGCACUUUUACCCCCGAGUCACAACAAUGGAUCAGACUGGGUGAGGCUUUGGGCAAAUUACUGAAGGCCUGCAACACCACGAAACAGCCUUACAACCAGGUCCACAUCACCACUCAAGGAGAAUGUUUGAAGAAAUCGGCUGAGUUCCUGAGUUCAGCAGUCUUUGUUGGACUGAUGCCUGAAAGCUCUGAGAAUGGCCCAAACCUGGUGAAUGCUCUCACACUGGCGGAAGAGACCGGAAUUACGAUUAAAAAAGGUCACAGUGAUGGGAAUCAAGCUAAAGCCACCUGCGUGUUGGAGGCGUCUGUGAAUGGCAGUGUUUAUAAAGCUUCAGGCACCGUGCAGACUGCAGUGCCAGUCCUUCUUGAGCUGAACGGCAGUGUGUUCAGGCAGCCAGUGCCUCUGUCUGGAAACCUGUUGUUUUUCAGGGCUGCUGCUUCACCUCAGCUCCUGCCCUCUGUUACUGGUGAGCUGGCAGCUGCAGAUGUUGAGAUCGAUCACUUCAGUGCCUCCAGUGCCUCUGGUGAUGAUCAGUGGUACUGCGUGGGGGUUACCUCUCUGCUGAAAGACCUCAGCACUCUUUCGCCCCUGGUGAAAGAGGCAGCACAACUUACUGCAUGAGUUCCUGCUAACAGGAUGUUGGUGGGAAUUUUCUGUAGCAUUCCAGUGUCUUACAUAUCUAAGUAUUUGAUGAAUUUCUUCAGUCCUGGGGAUUCCCAACAUAAUUGAUUCGUAAUUAUUAUUGAAGGAAUACACCUGCAUUUUUAAUCUUAGCAUUUUUUUUUUUUUUUUUUUGUAAUUACCAUUGAAAAGAACAGAGCUCUCUAGCAUUUUGCUGACAUUACAAUUCUGGUUUUAGGCUUCCAACCAUUAGAUGUAUUGAUUAUUGGCUGUGGUAAUAUGCUGCUCAUGCUAUAUAAGGACAAUAGGUUAAAUGUCUUUUGGAAUGAUAUUUAACGUUUUCAAAAAAAUGAGGCAGAUUUCUCAGUAAUCAUAGAGGGCAGUGAUUCCCUAGGACUGGAUGUGAGUUUUCUAGAUCUAACACAAGCAUAGCUUACCCAUAGUGCGCAGGUUCCUAACCCUGGCCAUGGAGUAUCCCCUGCCCUACACAUCUUAGGGCUUUUUCUAAUAUAACACACCAAACACACUUGAACUCGAGAAGGGAUGGUAAUUAAAAGAUUGGUUGAAUCAGUUGUGUUGUGUUCAAAGAAAACACUAAAAUGUGCAUGAUAGGAUGAACUCCAGGACCAAGACUUGGAACCUGUUAGUGCAAUAUGGAAUUACUUUUGAUAAGCUUAAACGCAGGCAUUGUGAGUUUAGUAUAUAUAUAAUACUAAUGUUGUGGUUUGUAAUCUAGAUUCAAAUUUUCUGAAUCACAAUAAGUAGAAGUAAUAAUAAGACUAACUGAUAUUUUUCUAGUGAAGCAGUUUGAAAGAAUGGAUGGAUGAAUGCAAGAGUCUUGCACAUUUUGCAUAUGCCUUUAAGAGUGGCCAAUGUACCUGAAGGUGAAUUGGCUACUUUCAAAUUGCCACUGUGUGUGAAGAAGCAUGUACCAGGGUACUUUUUGUGGGAUAAGCUCCAGAUCCAGGAUAAGUGAAAAUAGUGACGAAAAGAUGCAUGAAUGAUGAAACUUAAAUGUUGUGAUGGCUUGAUGUAAUGAAGUAGAAAAUCACCACACUGCUAGACUCCAACUGUCACCUGACCUUAAGCUGUAUUAGGUUUAACUCAAAUGUAAAAAGAUUAAACAGUACAUAAUUGAACAUCAAGCUCAUUUGUACUCCAGGUCUGUGAAUUGUGAAUGAUUAAAAGUGAUAUCACAAAUA